AGAUGAGCCCACCCGGGAUGGUGAGGGUGCGGCACUUCGAAUUCCUGUGCCGGUCUCAUGGCAUUGAGCCAUCGGUAGAUAAGUUUCGUGCUUUCUACCAGUUGCAGAGAACGAUGGGGUUCUUCUCGUUUGCGAGCCGAGGUGCGGCGAAGAAGAUUCUGCUGAAUCCUCCUAAGAGUUUCCACGAUUGGAAACCCAAGUUCUUCUUCAUCAGGGAAGAAGUUUUGCCAAUCGCUAUGCCUUUUAGGGAAUGGACUGAGGCCAUACCCAAGGAAGAUCUCCCGAUCCCGAAGACUGCUCGGUGGUACCAGCAGCUAACCCCAACCCCUAACCGGGUGUUUGGGGAAAGUGUUUUGGUUGCUGCUAAGAUGAGUGACCAGUGGUCACCUAGCAGCAAGGAGGUUCCGGUCUUGAAGAUCGGUGAUCAAGAAGCGCAACUCUAUCAAGCUGCCUUCUCCACGUUUGGUGGCUCCAUGGGCGUUCGCCCAGUGCGCGAUGAUGAAGAAAGCUGGUAUGACCAGAUUAAAGGAAACUUCAUGUUUCCAGCUGCUGAUGCUUUCGCUUCGCCGCCAACUGCUACUGAAGGUGCGCAAUACCCAAAACCUCGUCCAUUGCGCUCUGUGACUCUCGUUGGGAAAGAAACUUUCUAUCUUUCCAGCGAGGAGUCUGUAGGUUCUUCCAACGGCGAGCUAAGCUCUUGGUCUGAAAUCUUUGCAGGUGUGUUGCGCGACCUGGGGAUUGACCCCGAGGAGAAGAAGAAAAAGCCGGUGAAGAAGAAGAAGAAGGUGGAGCCUGAGGUGACCAGUAAGGGCACCGGCCCUAGUCGCGCAACAUCUGCUGCUGUCAAAGGUACUCUUCGCCUUCGUCAACGUGAUUUAGGCGACUAUGUGAUAAUCAGUGACUCAUAUGAAGGUUUAUCACAUGCAGCUAAGGGGAAAACUGGUGCUGGUGGGUCGAAGAGUUCUGGGAGCGCGGGUUCUCGCAACCCUGAAGCUGGCGCGACUCCGUCUUUCCCAGAGGAUGAAGAAGUAGAAGAGGAAGAUGCUGGUGCCCGGCUUAUUGGGCGGAAGAGGGGUAGGAGCGAAGCCACGACUGGUGUGGCUUCCGCCCCUACGUCUGCUGUGAUUCCCGUUGUUGGGAAAACGAGCAAGCUGCGCUCGUUAUACAAAUUUUCUCCUGGUAAGUUCUUCGCUUCUCUUCUUAAUACUUUUCUCUUUACUCAGAUGCUCUUGCUUUAUUUUUCAGAAAUCAAGAAGAAGACCCCUGAGAAGGGUGUCACGUUUAGUGAGGCUGGGGUAAAGAGGCCCAAGAUUACCGUCAAGUCCACUGACACUGCGGCUCAGGAUGCCGCGAAGGCUGCUGAGGCGCAGCGAAAGGUGGAGGAGGACCGGAAGAGAGAGGGGGAGAAGAAGAGAGUUGUGGAGGAGAAGAGAAAGAAAGAAGAAGAGAGGAAGAAGGUAGAGGAGGAGAGAAAGAAAAAGGAGGAGGAGGAGAGGAAGCAGAGGGCGGAGCAGGAGAGGUUGGCUGAAGUGGCGAGGAAGCAGGCCUUGGAGAAGGAGCUAUCGGCGAAAAAGGCUAUGGAUCAGCCUCUUAAACCUCCAGGCCCUGAGGUCACCAAACCAACCAACACUGGUCCUGUUAUUACUUCCAAGGGUUCCAGCCGCUUCUCCUCAACCGGCGCGAGCUCUGGUGGAGCUGGGGGUUAUAACCCCAAUGUGAUAGGUGCGAAGGACACCGUUGGGGACAUUUACUACAAAACUUACACCGAAGAAGAGCGUGGGGACGCUCCUCAUCAGGCCCCCUGGAGUUUAAAACAGAAAGAUACUUUCAUCGAGUUCAGCCCUGGGCGCGAGUGGUUCCUGAACUCCUUUACACCUGCUGAAGUCCACCGGCAAAGGGCGAAACCUCACGAAAUGUUGUAUCGUACUUAUAUUCUUGGUGAGGCCAACGCUCGUGCUGCCAACCAUCAAAUAGUUCGCGAAUGGCGAACGAUGGUUAGGGAGCGUGCCGACUGGGAGGCUUAUCGCGAGCGUAUGCUGAAACGUAUCGCUGAAUUCGAAAAAUCUAAAACCGCGUUUGGUGAGGAGAGAGCCAAGUUCGAGGCUGACAAGAAGGCUGAAGAGUGGGGCCGCGAGGGGCUGCAGAAAAAACUCCACAAUGUUGAGGAGCAACUGGCCAAGGAGAAGGCCGAGUUUAAGCGUAUAUGCGCCCAAGACAACGAUCGUGCUUAUGCGCUACGACAGAAGAUCGUUGAUCUUGAGGCUAAAGUUGCGGACUUGACCUCAAAGGUGGAGGAAGCGCAGGGUGAAAGAGCUGCCAAGCAGCAGAUGGAGGUUGAGCUGACUGAAGCCAAGGUGCAAUUGUCCAACAAGGACAAGGAUCUCCACGCCAAGGACGUUGAGAUUGCGGAACUCAAACGUCGCUUGAAUGAGCAAAUCGACAGAUGCGAGUCUUUGGAGAUUGACCUUGAGGCUGAGAAGGUCAAGGCUGCUGAUGCUGAGGAGGCGCGUGCUGUCAGCACUGCUGCGCUUAAUGUGGCCCAGACAAACUACUCCGAGACCCAAGGCAUCGUUGAUACGCUUGUCUCGGAGGCUGAAUGGAUGCGCACUCGAGGAGUAGUGCUGGUUGCCAACUCCAUCCUGAAUGCGAGCGAGCUAGACCGCGCCGUAGCGGCUCUGACAGAUGCGGCGCGUGCGGUGGGUCAUCGGGGAGGCUACCUGGAGUGUGCCGAUCACGUUGAGCAGAUGCUUGGGCAGGAAUUUGACAUAAGUCAUUGCUCAGUGACGGAACAUGCUGAUGCUGCACUGGCAAGCGCUGAAAGCUCCUAUGACAACCUUUCCUUGCCUAUCAUGGAGUUGGUUGUUGAGUCGUUGAAGAAAGACGACUGGUGCCAGCGUCUUAAGGCGGUCCUCGAUCCACCAGUCACCGUCGAGUUGUCCGACGAAGAGCCAGUUGGUGAUGAUGGCGGUGAUGGUGAUGAUGAUGGCGACGAUGAUGAUGGCGAAGAUGACGGCAACGAUGAUGAUGGUGAUGAUCGCCGCGAUGAAUAG